GGAGUCGGCUGACAAGGUGGUGCUACACACAGGCAAGUAUGAGGAGCUCAUCGUCUGCUCCCACGAGAUUGCAGCCAGCACGGCCCAGCUGGUGGCAGCCUCCAAGGUGAAAGCCGACAAGCACAGUCCCCACCUGAGUCGCCUGCAGGAAUGCUCCCGCACUGUCAAUGAAAUGGCUGCCAAUGUGGUGGCCUCCACCAAGUCAGGCCAAGAGCAGGUCGAAGACAGAGACACUAUGGACUUCUCAGGCCUGUCCCUUAUCAAGCUGAAGAAACAGGAGAUGGAGACCCAGGUGCAUGUCCUAGAGCUGGAGAAGACACUGGAGGCGGAGCGUAUGCGGCUUGGGGAGCUGCGGAAGCAGCACUAUGUGUUGGCAGGGGUGGCGGGGACAGCAGCGACGCCCGGUGAGGAGAAGCCCAGCCGGCCCAGUGCUGCCCCCCGAAGUGGCACCACCAAGAAGCCACCCCUGGCCCAGAAGCCUAGCAUGGCCCCCAGGCAGGACCACCAGCUUGACAAAAAGGAUGGCAUCUACCCGGCUCAACUUGUGAACUACUAGGCCCCGGAGGGUCCAGCAGGGCAGCUGAUGGGCGGGCCUA